AUGGAAACUCAGCAACAAAACUCAGCAUCUAUACUUUGUUUGCUUGCUCUUUGCACCACCAGCGGGCAUGUGAAGCUUUACCGCUGUCCACAUUGUUCUCCGAAGUGGAUAGAAGUUGUGAAUGUAUCUGAAGUGUUAUAUAAUUACUACAAGAGCACCAAUUUUGGGGAGUGUCAAAUUGUACCCUUGGAAGGUUCUGACGUUAUACCAAGACAAGAUACUGCAAAGUGUGUCAACCGUAGAAUACAAAAAACAGCUAAUGUAGUAUCAGAAGACCAUGAAAAUUUGGGUGAGAAGAACAAUUGGCAAAUUGUUUCCUCCUCUUUCUAUGAAGGGGACCCUCUGGAGGAAGUGACAGAAGACUGUCUUCCAUUAAUAUCUGCACAGCAAUAUGCUUCUCGCAAUGAAAUGCUAAUGUCACUUAUUAUUGCUUGGUCUCCAAUUCUGGAGACAUCUGGAAACGAUGUGGCUUUUCCUUCUAACUCUUCUAAUUGCUGCUCAAUUCUUGUUGUUGGUGGAAAGUGCAGUAAAAUUUCAUUGUGGAGAGUUCGUGCACCUGAGUGCUAUUCUACUGAUAAUGCUGGGCACGCGAGUGAGGUUCGACUUGUUGGCCUUGAGAAGACACAUGAUAGCUGGAUUACAACAAUUAGUUGGGUUAGAUAUGGGUCUAAUGAUUCAAACACCCAGUUUGCAUUGGUUACUGGGAGUUCUGAUGUGUGAAGAUCUGGCUCGUAAAUGGUGAAAAAUUACUCAAGGCGUCUGAAGUUAUCAAUGAUUCAUUAUCAUUGUUGAGGGUGGUUGCGACUGUUGAUUCUUCUGUGAUAUCUGUACUUUCACUUACUGUGCCCGCUC